AUGACUACCCUCUGCGUGCUCACAAUCACUUUCGUCAUCCUGGCUUGUGGCGGGGUCGGGCGACCCAUCGUGACUCAAGACAUUACUCAAACCACUGUUACUGCGACCCAAAUCACCGCUACCAACGCGCAAUCUACCCACUCUAUCAUCUUUGCGCAUGAUGUCGACUUUGCGGGACCUGGAGGCAAUGGCACGCCUGGCGUCCACGAUAGCUCUUUCGAUGACAGUUUUCUGGAAAUCCUUAUCCUUGACACAGCGGCCCACACCGAGGCUACAGCCUCCUCUCAAGGUGCCAAACAAACACUCGUUCCAUCAUCGACCAUCCUCGCCCCUGUCGUUCUUUCGGACACGUACGAGUCAAAAGUCACAUCCUCUAUCACCCAAGCGAUAAAUAACCGAUUCUCAUUCAUCGUAAACGCUGCUUUGUCGACCGAGAUGCCUGUCACUGCCGUUCCCGCCCAAGCUGCUCCUCAGAGACUUGAGCAGAUAGCCUCUAUGUCUCUCAGUGACGAGGUCCUCGACUAUCCAAAUGCACCUAAUGCUACUAUUGACCUCCUUCUCAAGGAGACAAUGCACACCCUCUAUGCCCCAUGGCACGCGCCGAGCAGUGCCUCCCCCGAGAGCAUCCUCUUCAAUAAGAACAUACAAGCCUUGAUUGUUGCACUGGCACACGCUCAUGCUGGUGCCGAAGCAGCCAUUUGGGACGAAAUGUACACCCAGGACGUUGGACUCGAGGGACAGAAGUCAGUUGAAGGAAUCUCUGACUAUAAGCGAUGGAAGGCACCAGCUGGAUUGGAGUGGCAACUGAAAGCCAUGAAGGAAAAUGACCGUGCUCGCGAGUCUCCAAAGUCCAAACGUGAAUCGUUCAAACGGCUCCAGAACCGCAUAUCUUCGGCUCCUGAGUACUACACACCCCGGAAAUCGGCAAGAGCCAAGUUGGCAUCAUUCGUCCAGGAGCAAGAGGAUGAUUUGUCCUCCUUCACGGACUACUAUUUCACAUCCGCUCCUAACGAAGCUAGCGACGAAGCGGAGCAAACUUCACGAAGAUCGUUGGAUAGUGCGAUGGAAAAUGAGACCGAGAAAGGCAACCCGUCCUUUGACCGUGGAGAUGUGGCCGGACAAAUCAUUACUGGUAAGGCUAUGGCCCUACUUGUUGUAUUCCACUAUACUCAUGACUAA